AUGUACUCUUCCUCCUUGCCGUAUAAGGUGGUCGCCACGGAUCUUGACGGCACACUACUGAAUCCGGAUCACCUUGUCUCAGAGUAUACCCUGCGUGUGAUCGAGGCUUUGGCGGAGCAGGGUGUGCCCGUGAUAUUCGCGACGGGCCGUCACCACGGCGAUGUCCUGGAGACAAGGAGAAAGCUGGGGCUAAAGGGGUAUGUGAUCACCUCAAACGGGGCGCGUGUGCAUGACCCGCAGGAUCGUCUCAUCUUGAAGAAAGACAUGGAUCCUGCAGUUGCGAGAGAGCUGGCUCUUGUGGCUGCCAAUGAUGCGGAGAUUGCGACGAGCGUCUACCGCCUCGACUCGUGGCUUAUGAACAAGCACGCCAAGGACCUUACUGAGUACUACCGCUCCAACAGGCACGUGUUCUACUACCAACUCUUUGAUCCCGCCACACAGGACUACGACGGUGUUUACAAGGUGUAUUACACCUCCGAUCGUCGGGAAUGUCUGGAGAUGUUGUCGGCCAAAAUCAACGCCGCCUACGGAGAGAAGGUGUCCAUGGCUUUCACCCUGCCAAAUUGCCUGGAGGUUAUGCGCAAGGGGGUGAACAAGGGUGUUGCACUACGCGAAGUCGUGGGAAUGCUGCUAGGUGGCACCCGAAAAAGCAUCAAUGGGGAGAAUGCCGCAUCGACAAUCAAGCACUGCAUCGCAUUUGGCGACGGCAUGAACGAUCUUGAAAUGCUCUCUAUGGCGGAGAAGGGCUGCGUGAUGAAAAAUGCACAGCAUGAUUUGUUGAAGAUGGCACCUCCACACCUGGAGAGGAUCGGUGCGAACUCUGAGGAUGGUGUGGCGAGGCAUUUGGCGAAGGUUUUUCGCUUGGAUCUGGGAGAGUAG